ACGAUUUUAUCUCUAUCUUAGUAUCUGUUGUUGUUGCUGAAAUAGCUAAUAACAACCGGACUUCUCUCAUGUAUAUCAUCCAGCAUAAGCAACAGUACCUCGGUAGGUACUGCCUGACGUAGCAAGACCACCCCGCCUCUCCCCACUGUGUCGAGCCAUGGAACACAUUCCACCGUCCCAUAUAUCGCCCCCCUCCUCUCCCGGGCGGGGAACCUCCAACUACAACUCCAACUCCACAACCCACCAUGCCUCCCCUACGAACAAAAGUCUUCAUCAACGUCGACCUUGGCGAAGGCUACGGGAACUUCAAAUGCGGUCCGGACGAUGAAUUGAUCCCCCUCAUCGACCAGGCCAACAUAGCCUGCGGGUUCCAUGCUGGCGACCCCCUCAUCAUGAUGGAAACCGUCGCCCUCUGCAAAAAACACGGCAUUACCAUCGGCGCACACCCCGGCCUGCCCGACGUCCAAGGCUUCGGACGACGAGAGAUGAAGCUCACCCCCGAAGAACACACCGCCAACAUCAUCUACCAAGUCGGGGCGCUUCAAGCCUUCCUAGAUCGCGAGAACGUCCCGUUACACCACGUCAAGCCGCAUGGCGUGCUAUAUGGCAUGAUGUGUCGAGACUUGGAGGUCGCACGGGCUGUCAUGAAGGGGAUUCCUGCGGGGGUGCCGGUCGUGGGUCUGGGGGGCACGUAUAUGGAGCAGGCAGCGCAGGAACUAGGGGUUCCGUUUUGGGCGGAGUUGUUUGGGGAUGUGAAGUAUCGGGCGGAUGGGACGUUGGUGAUUGAUCGGAAGAAGAAACCGUGGAGGAUUGAGGAUGUCAAGGCUCAUGUGCGUCAGCAGGUGGAGGAGUCUUCGGUCACCGCGGUUGAUGGGACUGUGGUGCCGAUGGGGGUGAAGGAAUAUCCCGUGACGAUUUGUUGCCAUUCGGAUUCGCCGGGGUGUUUGGAGAUUGUGAGGGCCACGAGGGAGGUGGUGGAUGAGUUUAAUAAGGCGAAUGGGUUUGUUUGAAGGAGUAGAUGUUGGGUUGUAUGGGUAUCUACUAGAUCGGGCUAUAGAGUAUUAUCACUUGACAGAGUAGAAUACUAUCAAAUGAGCCCUUUUCAGUGAG